AUGAGUGAACAUAGUCAAGAACUUAUUAAAAAGAUGUGCGGUUGUUGCUAUGUCAACAAAACUACUGAUAAUUUCAUGCGUCCCUCUAGUAUAGACACACUGGAAGAAAAUGCUAUAUGUAACCAAUGUGCUGAAAAGUUGAAGAAAAAACAGCAAGAAAAUCCAGUAGCAUUAAAAAAAGUAAAACGAAAAACAGUCCAAAAUAUUAAUGUUACCUCUGAUGAACUCGGUUCUUCUUCAACUAAUUUUGACAUUAUCAUUUCAAAUGACUUCAACUACUACUACUCUGGUGCUUUUAAUAAUUCUGAUACUAUCGAUCCUGAUGUGUUUAAUAACUCUGUUACUAUUGCUCCUGAUGUUUCUAAUAUCAGCACAGAUGACAUUAGCAAUAUUGUUUCCAAUGAUCUUAGUGCAAUUAUUCCUGAUUCUGAUAGUAUUUCCUAUAAUAAAAGCGAAUAUGAUGUUUGGGAUAAUAACGAUUCAGAUGUAAUGAUGUAUGAUCUGGAUGAAGUGCAUGAAAUUAUUGCCAAUAAAUUUGAAGAAUUUGAAAUUUUCAAUAACCCUGUAAAAUUCAUCUUCGAGGUCAAGUUGGAUCAAGACCUUCUUACUAAAUUAUUAUUAGAUCAAGAUAGACAGCGUCCAAUAGAAAUUCGUAAAAAAUGA